CGAAUUUUCCCGGACCGACCGCCUCUUCGCAGUUAGUGGUGGGGCUCCACAGCUUCACCAAAGUUACUUAGUUAAGAUCAACUCUAUGAUUUGGGCAGUUGGUUCUUUGUAACCAUCUCGAUAGCUUUCUUUUGUACGUCAACAGCCAACCGUAGACAUGGCAGACAAGGAGAAGAAGAAGAAGCCCAAGAAGAAGGAAGACGCAAAGAAGGACGAUGCCGCGCCGACCCCGGAGGCAGAACCCACCCCGGAGAAGCAGCCAACUCCACCAAAGUCGGAGACGCCGAAAUCGCCGUCUGGCUCGUCGAGAGCUAGCCGUGGCAGCCGCAAAGCCAAGCGUACCGGCUCCAGCGUGUUCUCCAUGUUCACCCAGAAGCAGGUUGCGGAAUUCAAGGAGGCCUUCCAGCUGAUGGACCACGACAAGGACGGGAUCCUCGGUCGCGAGGACUUGCGCUUCAUCUUCGACCAGGUGGGCCGCCUGGUCACCGACAAGGAGCUCGACGAGAUGCUCGGCGAGGCUCCGGGACCCAUCAACUUCACCCAGCUGCUGCAGCUGUUCGCCUCCCGUAUGCAGGGUGGCGGUGCCGACGACGACGAGACCGUGACCAAGGCCUUCCACACCUUCGACAACGGUCUGGGCAAGAUAGACGGCGAGAGGCUGAGGCGAAUGCUGACGACCUUCGGCGAGAAGUUCACCCCCAAGGAGGUGAACGAGGCGUACGACCACUUCUACAUCGACGACAAGGGCUUCAUCGACAUCGAGUCACUGGUCAACAUGCUCACCGGCAAGGGCGACGACGACGACGAUUAGACGGCUCGCCACCUGCUCUUUAGCUCUAGUAAUCGCCAGCGCGGCACGCCUCGAUCGACAGCUAAGCACACAACUGACAGCGCGGCAUAUGGGCUUGAGAGGCGUCUUUUCAGCAAUCACCUACAAGCACACACUAUUUGCACACAUCACACAGGGAACCUGCAAGCAGCAUCCGAGCUCAAUAUCUAUCUAUUUUUCGUAACAUACACUUGCAUUUUCCCUCUAGAGGAGGAAUUUAUUAUUUAUUAUGUAUCGUACAUUUAAAAGCGGGCUGCUGCGGGACAACAGUCGAGGCUCGGUAUGUCUCCAUCACCGAUUGUCUUGAACUCUUAUCCUCGCCGCAACCGAGAGAAUAAUUGUGAAUUCAAUGUGACCGGCAUGCCAAUUUCGAGGGAUUACUUCUCACCUGCCUCGAAUAAUCCAUUAAAUAAAAAACACAUUAUAAUUUUACUGUUCAUAUAAUAAAAAUAUUUUGAGAAAAUAUCAUGUCUUCUUCGCCUUCUU